UGUAGCUGCUGCUGCUGCGUGUGUUACCGCGCGCGGCCGGGGGGAGGCUUGGUUCUUUCUUCGUCUUCCCUCGCGGCUCAUGGGCGCUGCUGCGGCCAAUGCAGGGGCGUCGCCGGAGUCGUGCGGCGGGCAGCGGCACGGAACCGAGGCGAUGGGGGGCUACGAGCUCGUCCGCAGCGACGACGCGCCUGCUGCCGCCAUCGCCGUGGAUCUGGAGGCCGGCGGCACCACCGCGCCAUGCGGCGACGACUACCCCAAGCGCCGCCGCGGGUCGUCCACGCCCUCUCCUCCGGCGCCGGCGUCGACUCGGCCGCAGCGCCUCGUCUCGCUCGACGUGUUCCGUGGGAUCACCGUGCUGCUGAUGAUCAUCGUGGAUGACGCCGGGGCAUUCAUUCCGGCGAUGAACCACUCCCCCUGGGAUGGCGUAACAGUGGCCGACUUUGUCAUGCCUUUCUUCCUCUUCAUCGUCGGAGUCGCCCUGGCGCUCGCGUACAAGAGAGUCCCGGACAAGUUGGACGCCACGAAAAAGGCAGUGCUUCGUGCACUGAAGCUGUUUUGUCUCGGUCUUGUUCUACAAGGUGGAUUCUUUCAUGGUGUUCGCAGUCUAACUUUUGGGGUUGACCUUCAAGAAAUACGGCUGAUGGGUAUACUGCAGAGAAUUGCAAUUGCUUAUCUGUUGACUGCCCUCUGUGAAAUUUGGCUCAAAGGAGAUGAAGAUGUAGAUUAUGGAUACGAUUUGCUCAAGCGAUACCGCUACCAACUGUUAGUAGGCGCAGUCGUGGCGAUCACAUACAUGUGCCUGUUGUAUGGUACCUAUGUUCCUGACUGGGAGUACCAGACAUCAGGUCCUGGCUCCAUAGAGAAGUCUUUCUUUGUGAAAUGUGGAGUAAGAGGUGACACUAGCCCAGGCUGCAAUGCGGUUGGCAUGAUCGACCGUAAAAUCUUGGGUAUCCAGCAUCUCUACGGCCGACCAGUUUAUGCACGAUCCAAGCAAUGCAGCAUCGACUCGCCACAAAAUGGCCCCCUUCCUCCUGAUGCUCCCUCUUGGUGCCAGGCCCCUUUUGACCCUGAAGGGCUUCUUAGUUCCGUGAUGGCCAUUGUCACAUGCUUGAUUGGGCUCCAAUACGGACACAUCAUCGUACAUUUUCAGAAACACAGGGAGAGGAUAAUGAACUGGCUAAUCCCUUCCUUCAGUAUGCUAGUCCUAGCCUUCGCCAUGGACUUCUUUGGACUGCACAUGAACAAGCCAUUGUACAGCCUGAGCUACACCUUAGCCACCGCCGGCGCCGCGGGGCUCCUCUUCUCCGGAAUCUACACGCUGGUCGACAUCUACGGGUAUCGGCGGCCGACAGUCGCCAUGGAAUGGAUGGGGAUGCACGCGCUGAUGAUAUACGUGCUGAUCGCUUGCAACAUCUUACCUAUAUUCAUCCACGGCUUCUAUUGGAAGGAGCCCAAGAACAACCUUCUGAAGUUCAUCGGAAUUGGAGCAUGAGGUGAUGAACUGUCAGAACUGAUGACGGUACACGAAUACGGAUAUUAUUUAGGAGUCUAUUCGGACAGAGAUAGAGAAACACGUGCAUUCAGGCCAAGUUUUGCUAUACGGCCAGUGCAUCAUUGUUGCUGCACAGAGUGCCUUCCUCUGUGAGCUCUUGUAUAUGAUAAAAAGCCUGUUGUAUAUAAUGACGGCACGAUUUGAAAGAAAAAAAAUAUAGUAGUAUAGAGAUCUUAUUACGUGAUUUUUUUCCA